AAUGAACGACGAGCUCUCAAAGAAGAUAGGCAACGCUCGAUAUUGCACUAAUCAUACCUUACCCUCCGAUGAAUAUGGAAGAAAGAUGGCUUUGGAACCCUUUAAACCUUAUGUUAGGCGGAGGUUUGUUGUUAAAAGUCGUAGUAUUCAACUACCUACCAACGCCGAUCUAAAAAACUCUGAGAGGAUUAGAGUAAACGAGGAUACAAGUGGUAGCUAUGUUCGACACCUAAAAAAUUCUCUUGACAAAAAAGGCCUAGAAGUAACUACUCUAUAUUCGAAAAAUCGACUAUCAAUUAUGCCAAAUGUUGAAGAGGAUGUUAUCAAAACUCCCUCCCAACAGGAAACAAAGAAACCUAAAGUUUCAAGAGUUGGAUAUUUACACAAGAGAAAGUUAGGUGAGGUUUCAUCAACGAAAAAGUUCACCAAUUUAUUCGAUAAAGACGAUUCUUAUCUAAAAUUGUUACCACCCGCAAUGACAAACGAUUUAACUUUUCAAUAA